AUGAUAUUCUUCACCCAGUUGAACUCUUGGCCACACUUUCUCUUUAUCCUGCUGACCUUUGUCUAUCGGUCCGAUAGUUUGAUUCCAAGAUUGCAAGAGGGGAUCGAGACUGACCCGACCGGGGCAGUCCUGCAUGAAAUUCCGGCUAUCCCGACAACUCGUUUAUCUAGCGACGACGUAAGAAAUGCUGCUCAGGGAACCUACUUUCACCAGUUCAACAACCAUCCAGUUUACCUACUACGCCCUGCCUUGCCGGCUGACCAAGGUUAUAGAUAUUCCGCAGACGCACCCAAUCGUCACACAGCUUUUGUCUCGGAAAGCCCCGUGAGAGUAGUUACAACCAUAGUCACUGAUGGAAUCAGUAACACCAGCGCAAGAAGUUCAUUAAUUGAUCCUGGCCCGCUGAAAGCUUCGUUAAGUCAUCCAGGUCCAGAGUCUCCAACGGUCACAACACAUGGUCCAUCAAUGCAGCAAUCGUUUGAUGCUGCAAUGAAACAACGAAUGCUCGAGUCGAAACCUUUUGUACCUGCGUCUCAGGCGCCAGGGAAGGGGUUUCAAAGCCGCGCCAGCUUUUCAAACGACAAUAUAAGAGACCAGGGAAAGGACUCCAUGGUUGCACCAAAACAGCAUAAAGUAGACAUUGAUCAAAAUCCUAAUAAAGCAUCUGGAAAUGAAUUAAGAGAUCAAGCGGGUCAGGGCAGCCGAGGAAAUGAGCGCGCAAACUCCAAGGUCCUCUAUGAAUCAAAGGCAAGCACAGGGAGUCAGACAUCGACAAGUUUCGACUAUGCGAUACAUCCCGAACGCCUAGAUGCCAUUAAGAAUUUUAUCAGGCAAUUUAAAAGUGAUGUUGCCUCUCCAGACACGAGUGACAACUUCUCCGAAUCUAGUCGUUCUAAUGGCUCGAAUGAAUUUUUACCAGAAAUUUCCAAGGUCGCAACGUCCAAGGAAAAUACAGAGCGAGGUGGAACUCCAGCCUCUUUAGAAUCACUCAGUUCUUUCAAAUCAAGUAUUCCUUCCGAAUCACAGCAACGCCCUCGCGCGCUGAAUGAAGAUGAAAUUCGGAGAGCAAAAAACCGGCAGAAAAGACUUCGAAAGCAGGAGAGGAGGAUCCGGUCGCAAAUAACUGCGUCAAAGGACACCUCAGCAAAAGUUCAGUCAUCAGAAAAAACAGAAAAAGUUGCACUGGGUGCGUAUGACAAUGAGUUUCCAAGUCUGGCAUCUUCAUCUGAAGAAAGUAGUGCGGUUCAGCUAGGGAAGUCAAGUUAUCCAAACCAACAAGAAAGCAAAAAUGAAGAAGUCAUUCCAAACAAUGAAAGAAAAGAAAAACAAGAAGAUCAUCAAAACUACGAUCAAACUAUUCGACCUACGAGGUCUCAUGGAUCAAGUGAAUAUUUUGAUACCCGCGGAAAUCUUCAGCCAACGAUAUCUUCUAUAUCGAGACGGAAAGGAGGUAAGGGAAAGGGAUCGUUGAGUGAAAGGCCGCCUGAAUCGACGAGUCAACCAAAAAGGAGGGCGCCCGAACCUUUGCAACCAUCUUCAAAUAUCUUGGAGCAAAAGGAUCCCCAGGUUAAAGAGAAGAUUCUAAGCCUCCUCGGAAUAGAACAAGCUAAAAAUGUCAAACCAGCUCUUGAGAAGAAAACCCACCUAGGGACACCCCCCAAUAAUCAAAAAGUGAACGAUAUUACAGAUCUUUCAAAACAAGUAAAAAAAGAAGUCGCCGCGAAGGCAACUCGGAAACUGGAAAGAGAUAUGAUAAAAUCAGUUGCUGAGCAGUCUAGUAAUAGACUGAUAAAAUCUUCUCUGCAGAAGACAUCACUCUCCUCGGUUGAGAAGUCCAUUGAAAACUUGGAGCACACAAAUACCAAAUCAGCCAUUGGAGUUGAAGAUAAGAGAUCAAACUUCGACAAUGGUCAAAACUUAUUCGUGCCACAAGAUUCUGCCAGCAAACCUGAAGAUCAUUCGAGAAUUUCUACAAAUCCGAAUACCGUUUUGGCCUUGAAAAACAAAGCUGCUCCCAACCUACCCCAAUCACAGUCCAUCCAGCUUAUGAAAGGGGGACCAACAUUUGGAGGCUUACCACCCCGUGCAAACCAAAUCCCGCAAACCGAUCCACUAGUGAUAUCAUCUGGGUCGAAAACCUUGCAGCUCAAAGAGCAGCUUCAAGAGCCCCUCAUAGGUGCCAAAUCAAGUGAGACUUCGAACAACAAGAGUAGUGAGAAAAUCAAAACACAGCUUCACCAGUCAAAUCCAAAGAAAGAAGAAGCGAUACCCCCCGGUUCAAAAGAAACAGUGAAAGGACCGGAAACGUAUUCUGAUACCUCAGAGAGCCAUGAUCAACCAGAAAACCACAGUAUUUCAAAAUCAGGCAUCUCACCCACGAAAUCGAAUCCUUCCUCCGUUUCAAUGUCAAAUCCUCAUCCAAUGACUAGUAUUUUGAGUGCUUCUGAUGAUAUCAGCCCGAGCAAAAUCUCUCGACAGAUUGUUAGCUCCACCUCCAAAGACAUCCGACCACUGAAUAAUGAUGUACUUCAUAACGUAAGGCCGGCAGACAGCAAUUCACAAGCACCAAGCUCGUCAAUAGCUUCAGGAAGUCGCAAAGCGAAUAGCCGGAGCGAUCUGUUGCAUUUGCCCCCGAACUUCACGACUGAUAUUGACAAUCACCAAAUAAAUCACAAUGCAAUCAUCUCACUUGAAGAUGCGUUCGGAGAACAGGCUAGCUCCAAAAAUUCAAAGACUAGAAAUCUUGUUUGGCAAUCCCCCUUUCAAAAAAAGGUGAAAACUGCGAUGCUACCUCUGGGAAUAUACUUGCGCAUAUCAAAUCUCCAGGCCCACUCUCAAGUGGGCUUCAUUACAGAGGAGGGCUAUCAAGAGCUUUAUUCGCUUUGGAAAAAAGACAGUUACGCAUACGAAAUAGCUGAAAGUGGUAUCAGGGAUGCCAUAGGGACUUUCGAAGGUACAAGGAGAAUGUUGGCCCUCCGACGUCAGAUUCUUCAUUAUACAAUCUCCCAACGGUGGAUUAAGGCCCGUAACACGUGGUUUGAUGAGACAACCUAUGGUUCAACUGCUGCCACAGGUUUCGAAACUUUGCUUGGACUUUCUUCUGAGCCAUUCGAUGUCCGGGAAAUUCCGCUAUCAAGCACGUUGGCGAGGUCCAGAAAAGAAAAAUGGGAGGCGAUGCCUCAUAGCCUGUUGAUAUGGGGGCAAGCUGAAAUGGAACGACAAAUCGAAAUGCGAUCAUAUCUGGCUCAAAGAGUCAACCCUUUCUUCUGGUGGGAAGCUUACGAUUUGAAUAUGAAAAGUAAACUCUUUGGUUUAGACAUUCUCACGAUCCUCAAAGUGGGCGACUCACUGCAAUUUGGGGCAAAUUUUGUGAUUGAUCGGGGUUAUGGAAGGGUUUCAAUUGACUCGGCAUACGCUCUUCUACUGAAAGUCAUGACAGACACUAAUAGACCACUCCCAUGGAUUGAAUCGUCUGAACGGGCAUGGCUAUACUCAUUGCCUGAUGGCCUAUACGAACAACGACUCCAAAGGCUGAGUCAAUUGAUUUCCGAUUCGAGACCUCAGAUGAACCCUCUUUCUGUUGACAUACUGGCCAAGAAAAUUGAUCAAAAUUUCAUAGACAGUUAUGGAUACCGCAUGGGUGAAGAACUGCUUUGGAUUGACAAAGGAUUGCCUUUGGAUGAAUUAUUGAAUCAGAUGAAAACCAAAACGCCGGUGGUCUCUGAUCGAUUACUUCUUCCUCAACCAAAGCCUUAUCUAACUUUGUGGGAAUUUAAAGAUAUACUAUUGACCAGCGCUCAUUAUUUCUGGAAUUCUUUCAAGUACGUCUUAGAGUACUGAAGUUGGA